UUUGUUCGUCUCUUUCUCUCUCUAUAUCACUCUCGCACAAAAUCUUCAUCAUUUUAGCUCGUCAAUUUCUCUCUUCAUCUUCUUCGUUUUCCAUCUGUCUAAAUUGCAUGUUACGGUCAUUUUCUCUUCCUCACCUACUCGAUUUCGGCAAACUAUUUUGUUUACAGGAGCAUCUCUUCAUCUGUGCGGUUCUUUGAUCCGAUUUUACGCAUAAGAACAACCCCUGCGGAGGUCUUGGUUCUGAACAAAAUGCCAGAACCUGUACAAAUGAAUGGAAAUGUGGCUGGUGAGGAGAGUGAUAGCAUUGACUGGGAUACAGAAGAUGAGCUAGAAAUUGAAAACAUUCCCAUGUCCAAUUCCAUUGUGACAAAUACUAGUAAUGGGGCUUUGCCAACGUUUGGCGAGGCAAGCUCCUCCAGAGAUCCUGCUUUAUCCAACUUGAUAGAUCAUUUUGUAGGAAUGGGCUUUUCUCUUAAAAUGGUUCUCAAAUCCAUUGAAGACAAUGGGGAAGCAAACAUGGAAUCCAUACUAGAGUCUCUCCUCACAUACACAGUCCUUGCAGACUCUCCUGAAGAGGCUUAUACACAUCAGCAGCAGCAACAACAACAACCCAUUGACACUAAUCUUUCUUCCUCUGACUAUGAAGAGAAUGUUGUAGAUGAACAAUCAGAUACAGACAGUUUUUCUGAAUACGAGGAUGAAUUCCUUUCUUCAUCUGAUUCAGAAAGAACACUCAAAACCUUAGGCAAGAUGGGAUAUUCUCUGGAUGAGGCCAAAAUAGCAAUGGAGAGAUGUGGUCCUAAUGCCAAAAUUCUUGAGCUAACAGAUUUUAUAUGUGCUGCUCAAAUCUGUAAGAAAGAAGAUGUACAUUAUGAACUAUUACAAGAAGAGAAGCCAAAGGUGGUGCUCAAUGGCAAGAGGAAACACCUCACAGGGAACUCUCACAAAAUUAAAAAACCACGGGGCGGUGAAAGAGUUUUGACUGAAGAGGAUGAGCCGAUUCGUCUUCCCAAACCAAUGAUUGGCUUUGGUGUGCCAAAUGAUCCACGACCAUGGUUUAAGAGAACCCUUCCUGAAGCAGCCGUUGGACCACCAUAUUUUUACUAUGAAAAUGUUGCACUUGCACCUAAGGGCGUUUGGGACACCAUUAAGCGGUUCUUAUACGAAGUUGAGCCAGAAUUUGUUGACUCGAAGUACUUUUGUGCUGCUGCACGGAAAAGAGGUUACAUACACAACCUCCCUAUUGAGAAUAGGUUCCCUCUUCUUCCCCUUCCCCCAAGGACCAUACACGAAGCAUUUCCUUUAACCAGAAGAUGGUGGCCCUCAUGGGAUGACCGGACAACACUAAACUGUUUGCAAACAUGCAUUGCAAGUGCAAAAUUGACCGAGAAAAUCCGAAAAUCAUUAGAGGAUAAUAGGAAUUGUGAUCCACCGCUUCAUGUGCAAAAGUCGGUUCUUGAGGAAUGCCGGAAAUGGAAUCUGGUCUGGGUAGGUCACAACAAAGUUGCUCCACUUGAACCAGACGAGGUGGAAAUGCUCCUCGGAUUCCCCAGGAACCAUACAAGAGGUGGCAUCAGCAGGACUGACCGUUACAAAUCACUUGGUAACUCUUUCCAGGUGGACACGGUUGCUUAUCAUCUCUCUGUCCUGAAGGACUUGUAUCCGCAAGGGAUGAAUGUGCUAUCACUUUUCUCUGGAAUUGGCGGUGGGGAAGUUGCUUUACAUCGGCUUGGUAUUCCAUUAAAGAAUGUUGUAUCUAUAGAUAUAUCAGAAGGUAAUAGAAAUGUUGUGAAGAGCUGGUGGGGACAAACAAAUCAGAAGGGCAAGCUUAUUCACUUCCCGGAUGUGCAAGAUGUGGAUGGAGAAAAGUUGGAGAAUCUGAGAGACACAAUUGGUGACUUUGAUCUUGUUAUUGGUGGCAGCCCAUGUAACAAUCUUGCUGGUAGCAACCGACAUAGCAGAGAUGGGCUUGAGGGUGAGCAAUCAUCUCUCUUUUUUGAUUAUUUUCGUAUUCUGGAUUUGGUCAAAACUAUAAAUGGAAGGCAUCAAUGAUGAUGAUGAGUUUCAUCUAGAUGGGUCUGUUUCCUUUUUAGCUAGGACCCCUUAUCAGACUAACUAGCUAUGGUAGUACCUAUGUAGUUUCCUUUUGUGGAGGAAAACAUUUAAACUGGUUCGAAAUGAAGAAACAGAUCUUUUUUUUUGCAAACUGUGGGUUAUAAUUCUUG